CUUAUUACUCCGGAUUGGAAUUUUCUAAAGCCGAGUGAGUGAGAGUACCAUAUUCAAAUUUUUAUUCAAUUUAAUAUUAUCACUCACUCUCCAACUCUUCUUAUUUAAGCAACCUCGCCAUGACCUACGUGGAUACUACCUUCCUCCAUUCUCACUCUCCCAACUGCCAUAAACGAACUUUUAAACCAUGUCAGCACCAUAACAUCAAAUCACUUUUCAAUUUCUAAUCCCAAUUCCCGAGAUGGUUUUAUUGGGUCACUGAUCCAAGGAUCGAAUCACCAAUAAAAGCACUUCCUUUUAGUUCUUUUUUACAAAAUCGAUGAAUCCGUUCCCUCUCCACCCAGAAGGUUAUCCUCCACCAGCGAGACCAGUUGGAGGGUUGCACGAAAUGGGAGCGCCUCCGUUUCUGGUCAAGACAUUUGAGAUUGUGGAGGAUCCGAACACAGACCACAUCGUGUCUUGGAACAGAGGAGGCACUAGUUUUGUCGUCUGGGAUUUGCAUUCUUUCUCGACGUUUCUUCUCCCUCAACACUUUAAACACAGCAAUUUCUCAAGUUUCAUCAGACAACUCAACACUUAUGGUUUUAGAAAGAUAGAAGCAGAGAGAUGGGAGUUUGUAAACGAAAGCUUCCAACUGCGACAGAGGCAUUUACUGAAGAGCAUAAAGAGAAGAGCUUCCUUUAUUUCAUCGUCUCCAUCGAUUCAAGAUCCUUCCAUCGAGCUUCGUAAGGAGAAGCAACUGAUGUUGACGGAGCUGGUGACCCUGAGACAGCAGCAAGAAACUACAAAAAGCUACGUUAAAGCCAUGGAACAUAGGAUUGAAGGAGCAGAGAAGAAACAGAGACAUAUGAUGUCGUUCUUGGGUAGAACAAUGCAGAGCCCUUCGUUUCUGUAUCAGCUACUCAAGCAAAGAGAUAUUAGACUUAAGGGGGUUGAGGCUGCGGAAAGAGGAAGGGGUUAUUAUUGGAUCUCGGAACUGGAAGCUCUGGCUCUGGAGAUGCAAGGCUAUGGAAGGCAAAGGAAUGUGAAGGAAGAAGAGGAUAUAGUGGUCGAGAGAGAGUUGGACGUUGGGUUCUGGGAAGAGUUGCUUAGUAACGAGAAUUUGGCUUCUGCCUCUUCUAACUAAGAUGCAUCCUUUGGCUUUAAUUGUUCUUUUGUAACCAUCUUUUGUUCUCUUUUUUUUUUUUUUUUUUUUGACAACCUUUUGUUCUCUCUUUUGUUUUUUUUUUUUUUUUU